AGCUGCUUAAUGUUUUUGCUCUAGCUAAUUUGUAUAUGUACUCAGGUAUUAAUGGAAAGAGAAUUGAAAUAUAUGUGCAUCCUGGCAUCAAGCAAGCCAUUAGCUUCUUAAGAGAGAAUACAAUUUAAACAAAAUAUUAGAAGUCCAUUGUGAUUUGUUCUAUUUGGCGGUUGCAAAGCCAUUAUCGGUUAACUUUUAAUAAUUAAUUUUUUGGUAAAAUUAUCUCUUGGUUUCUUGAGAGAAUAUCUCUUUUGUUAAAAUUCUAGUUAUGUUUGCAUUCUUGCGAAUCAAGUAAUUGAUAUCUGUGAGUAUUUUACUAUUUGCAAAGCAAACCACGUUUUAAUAAUAAGUUCCUAGUUCCUAAUUCAAAAAGAAAAAGGAUGUUUCUCGGGUUUAAAUUAGAUACCAAAAAAAACACAUAAUCAGUGUUUUCUAUCACAAACAAUAUUGCGUGAUACUAAAAAAAAUAUGGUUUUUUCUUUUGACCUAGCAGUCAUCUUACAAGGAGACACAAAAAGAACGAAGAGGAGAUCGAAGGUAAUAAGAAGAAGAAGACGUAGAGACAUAUGUAAGAGCCAUGAACCGUUACUGGAGAUUCCUUUUGAUCUCGUGAUAGAGAUUUUCACGAGACUCCCUCCCAAAUCUCUAAUGAGGUUCAAAGCAGUCUCAAAGCUCUGGUCAUCCAUUGUUUGUUCCCAAUAUUUCACCAACCUUUCAUCAUCGCCACGUAUAUACAUGUGGUUGGGCUUCGACGAAGAAAAGAUAUUAGUAUCAUCGUCUUCUUCUCCUGACUUGGACAGUUCCUUUGUAAUUGACCAAGAUUUGACAAUCUCAGCGAUGAAAGGCUACUCGGUAUCUCACGUUUAUCGCGGGUUGAUGUGCUUUACAAAUGGCACAAAUGCACAAAUUUUUAACACAACCACUAGGCAACUUGUUGUCUUGCCUGAGAUAGAAGAAUCCAACAUUAUAGCUGAAGAGUACAAGUUUAGGAAGGUCAUAUACCGUAUCGGACACGACCCAGUUCAUGAUCAAUAUAAAGUGGUUUGCAUAGUUUCAACACACAAUGUUCGAAGGAUGGAGCAUUGGGUCUUCACACUAGGAGGAGGUGUGUCUAGACAAUGGAGAAAGAUACCAAGUCCAUGUCCACAACAUAGUCCUUUCACACAAGGAUUGACAAUGAAUGGGCGUAUGUAUUACCUAGGUUUGGUUCCUGAUUUGCUUUCUCCUGUGUUUGUGAGAUUCGAUAUUAGUUCUGAAAAAAUCAGCGUGCUCCAAAAUGUUGAAGAUGCCUUUUGGUGUCGGUAUUAUUAUACUGAGAUUAUAGAAUACGAUGGAAAACUAGCUAUUUUAGAUUAUUCCGAUCUUGUAAAAGACGGUGUGAUGGAACUAUGGGUGAGGGAAGAUGAAGAGAAGAAUAGUUGGUCAAGGAAGACUUUGGUGUUGCAUCCUUCUCAUAUGAAUAUGGUCAAAAUGCAUAUAGUCCACAACAUGAGUUUGAGGGUACAAGGUACAACUAGAAACGGUGACGUUAUCUUGGUUCCUCAACAUAUUACUGGACCCGACGACCAGUUUAUCGUUUUACCUCAAGUUACAACUCUUUUCUACGUGUUUCUUUACAAUCUACAAAAGAAUCAUUUGAGAAAAGUUUACAUAAAAUCCAACCGCUACAACACCAAAAGAUGGGACGUUGUUGGAUUUGACGACAUUGAGAACUUCAUGUCUCUCUAAUUGCUUCUGUGGAUAUAUAUGUUUAUAUGUUUCUGCAAUCAUUUUAUUUAAUUUUGUUUGGAUGUUUUUCUCAACUAUAGUUUUUCUUAUGAAACGCAGCACAUUUUUGUGUCAUUAAUAAAGCGUUAUCGAUGUUUGAUGCUUCUAAGAACAUAUUUAUUCAUAGUUCACAACUUAGGAUAUCUCACAAAACCAAUGAAAACAAUUGUAUUUAAAUGGGAAAAUCCAUAAAUUAAAACACCCCAAUUAAAUUUCAUUUAAGUUUUUUAAUGCCCAAUUUUUUUACUAUGGAGUCUAGUAUUUUUUUUCAUUUUAAUACACCAACUUCUUUUUAAAAGAAAACACUAAGUUUAAAAAUUGUGAUUAUUUUAAUACUCAAAUCAAACCUUAUGAUUGAUCAAGUUUGAUAAUUUAAAUAUAAAAUCUAAACGAUAGUAGAAGUCCAUUCUGACUUAUUUUAUUCAGAGGAUGCAAAGCCAUAAAUCCGGUUAAUUUUUAUUGGAAAAAUUUUUUUAUGCCAAAAAAAUGUCAUUGCUCAGGAACCCCGCCAAACGACUCCCACCGUGAAGGACACCGGGAAGACGGGCGAUCAAGCACACCUUGUUGAGGGAAAGUUUCACGUCUGGCCUGCUUCCGUGAGAUGAGAUUCCCACCUGAAAGUUGAUCAAGCCAUCAUCAAACAACAAGAUGGAGUGUGCUCCAAGAAACACAUUGUAUUUUCACUAUCGUUCAAUCAUGGACAAUAAAUUAAUCAAACAAAUUUAAUACCACAUGAAAACAAAUCAGUCAAUGCGUAAGGAAGAGGAAUCUAUUUUCAUCAAUAAAUCAUGAGCAAUUAAUUACUUCAAAGUUUCAAAAACGAUUCAUAGAACUCAUACAGAUCAGAUCAUCAUCAUCAUCAUCAGAUUCCUAACUAAGCAGCUACACUAACUACACUGCACACCUCUCUCAUAUACACGAGACAUGGUUCACAUAAGUAUCUUCUCUUCUGAGAGUGGCCAAACGCUCCAAUCACCACCUGCUAUCGCUGGAUCGAGCUCAAGCUUGCUCUCGGUAACCCGCUCGGCCAAGUAGCUAUUGAUCAAAUGUAUUAUCAAGUAUCUAUUAUUUUUUUAUUAGAAGACUAUGUUUCAAACUAAAAUUAAAAUUUUAAAUGAAGAGGAAGCCAAUCUAGUUUCUUAUGUGUUUUUCUUGUGCAUUUGAUUUCUCUUGUUUGUCUCUAAAGUAUUCUUUCAUUUCGUUAACAUUAGUUUUCGCAUCUUCAUUUUAAAGAGUUAUUAUAUAAAAAAUGUUAGGCCUUCAAACUGUAAGAAAGAUAUCAAAUUUAGAAUAUUUUAUGGUUUAAAUUUUAGGACUAGCCUUGUUUUUCAUAUUAUCUUGUUACACAUCCAUAUAUCUGAAAACAAUAGUUAUUAACUAGACAAAUUCAGUUGUAAGCUAUGAAUUUUCAUAAGCCAAAAAUUCAAUUUCGUUUGGAAGUGGAAACCACGAAGAUUAAUUACAUGGAGAAGUCAAUUAGACAUAGUUGAAAUUAACUAUCCUUAAAGUGAUAAAAUAAAAAUCUUUUGCCAGUCUAUACAUCAUAUAGUCCUAACAAUCAGUUAAGAGAAAAUUAAUCCUAACAAUUAAUAUAACCGUACCAAACUCAAUAAACCUUAAAGCUUGAAUUACUUCUUAUUAUAUGAGACUUGACUUCUUCACAUUUUGGAAUACAAUUUCAUAAAUUAUUCUAGAUAGUUUUAUAAUUGAGAUACUUUUUUUUAUAUAUAUCUAACUACAUCAAUUUCAUACAAAAGACUUAAACCCAGGUCAUUUAGGUUUUUCACCAGAUAAAUAGCCAAUCAAAUGAAAAAAAAUGUUAAUGCUUUUAGAAUCCUAAUCAUGAACUCACAUAUAACAAAUGUUAAUGAUAAGUCAUAACAAUAAAAAGAAAUUUCAUAGAAAUUAAGAUCAAUCCUUAAUUUCAUGUAAUAGUCUGACUUUUGACACACUUAUUCUAUUACUCUGUACUAUCUUAUUAACAAAGAACACGUGCCCAUCAUUACUAUUUUAUGUUUCUGACAUUUGCACCUUGCAGCAGUUUCAACAACAUUCCCUUAUAAAUCCAUAAACUAUCUUCCUUUGUUUCUUCAUCUCUUCUUCCUUCUCUUUCUCUUUCGACUUUCAGCUUGUCUACAUCUUUGUUUACCGAAAAAAUCAGAGAUUUUAAGCCAUGAUAAUUGUGUAUUUCUCGCUACCAUUAGUUAUCCCUUGAUGUCGACCCAUGUAGAAGCAUCCUACACAACCAGCGAUGACUUUACGUCAUAUUCAUGUUGUUCCUAGCCAUCGCUGGUUGUGUAGGAUGUUUCUACCGUUAUUCAUCUUUAUGUAGUUGGAGGUGGAGGAGGGACAGAGGAGUCUGAGGUUUUCGACCUAAAGUCUCAGACUUGGAAUCCAUUGCCUAGCCUUAGUGAAGACAACGACUACCCUGAGGUUCAGCUUCGUAGAGGAGAGCUAUUGGCCACCACAAGUAAUCAUAAAAAGUAUGUGUUUGACCCCAAACAAGGAACAUGGAAGGAACAUCCAGGGUUUUCUUAUACUAGGAAUGGACCUUGGUGCGUUAUAGACAAUGUAAAGUUUAGUGUUUUUAAAGCAAGCUUAUGUGGUAUGAGUGUGGACACUGGUUCAGUGUUAAGGGUUUGAAAGAUGUGUGUACCAAGCCUCAUGUUAACCACCAUACAACAAUUCUGUUAGCUAACCAUGGUUGUGGAAGUAUCCUAGUUUUAUGGGACGAGCUACAUUCACUCGAGUUUCAGUGGCCGGGAAAAUGCGGAAACAUGUCUGCAAAAACAAGAGAAUUGGUGUGCGGUGAUCAAGUUGAAGAAGUGCUUCUUCGGAUUACAGUUAGAGAUUUGGGAGAGGUUGUAAGUUUGAAUGCUGUGCUUACAGUCCCCAGAUCAUUUAAGUUAUUAAGCUGUAUUACCCUUUAAUUUACUUUCAUCUUUUUGUUUACAUUGGUUUUAUAGUGAAUUUUGGAUAUUUUAUUACGUAGUAGAUAGGCCUUACGUGCCUUCUUUCAGUAUGUUCAUGGACAUAAUAUUUCCGUAGCCAAAGGCUUUCUUGAUAACCAAGCAAAUUAGGUACUUAAUAGCAUAUGGACAAGUACAGGUUACACUUGGAUAUACAAACUAGCAUAGACCUUUUUAACAUGUUGACUUUUUCUACAUUUAAAUAACUCAAACCUCUUAACUUGGAUAGACAAGGCUUUGUGAUGUUUGACGGCUAGGUUGUUCUCCUCUGUAUCUGGAAUAGGCUCCUAGACAAAUUCUUGAGCCAAAAAAAGAAAUUUCCUGGUAACAAUAAAAAGAAGAGUGAUGUUGGGGGAAAUAAUGUGAGAAGAGUUAACUUGGAGCAGGAGGUUAAAAUUGAUCAUACCUUAACUGAGGUGUCUAUUCUAUUAAAACUAAAUUACAAAAUAAUACUUAUUUUUAUUUCGUUUUUACAGAUUUUUUAACUAAUUCUAACUACUUCAUUUGUUGUCUUUUAUAAUUAAAUUGAUAGCAUUUAUUACAAAGUAUAAAGCAUA